CAUCGGUAUUGUGGGUAUUGAUAUUGAUAUUGGUACAUAACUCUAUAUAGAUAUUGGUAAAUAUUGGUAUUGGUAUCGGUAUUGUGGGUAUAGGUAUUGGUAUGGUAUUGGUUUGGUAUUGGCAUCGGUAUUCGUAUUGGUAGUGAUAUUGGGCAUUGUUAUGGUCCACAGGUCACGCCGUCAAAGUUGAGGCGAGUAUGAAAAGCCUAUUGGUAUUCGAAUCAACAGGAUGAUGGUUACUCGUCGUCAAGUACGCCGACAAGUACGGGCAAAUAGAUACGCCCAUCACGCGGUGGUGAUUGCCGGCGUGUGUGUGCCUCCGGACGUGUGCAUGCGGAUUCUAAGUGACCUGGACACUGAAUCGCUGAUAGAGUGCAAGCUGGUUUGCAAGGCGAUGUAUAAUGUGGCCAAUAAGACUUAUCGGAGGGAGAAAAAUACUGCCGAAACGACAGCCACAGAUACUCAGCCUGUUACGCCAUACUCCUCGGCUCGAAGUCCUCGAUAUCAAUUUCAACACGUGGAAGAAUACACUUCGGUCCAAAGGCAAACUCACCAGGACUGCCAGACUCAUACCCCAUUUGCGCACCCUGAGCUGUGGCUUUAUGUCGCCCGACCAGCUCUAUUCCAUGGACGACUACAUUUUAAAUGUAGUGCAUUUUCUCAAACUGCUUCCCUUAGUGUCCUCGUGGGAGUUCUGGCAGUGGCAGGUGGGUGAUUUAGACCUCUUGGAUCUGCAGAACCUGACUUACAUAGACGCUCACAAGUGCCGCUUAGGUAGUCUGAAGUCCAAUUCACUCCGUCAAGUACACGCACGGAACCUUCAUCCGGGGAUCAACGUACAGAGCUUACUACACGAUUGCCCAGCGCUAGAGGUCUUGACACUGGAUGGACAUGUCCUCGACUACCCGCUGGUUAGUACACGACUGCGGGUGUUACGUGUGAAGUGCAUCGGUCUUGAAAGUGCACUCGUGGGGUGCACUGUCUUGGAGACUUUGGAAUUGGACCGCCAACAGGGCACGGUGCUUCCGCGAUGCCUAUCGAUCCGUAAUCUGAAGAUACACUUUGCAAUUAAUAUACACAGGCUGCUAGCAAGUUGUCUUAUAAGGCACCUGAGCUUGUUGGACCUGCCGACAAGCUUGCUGUAUAGGCCUCAUGUGCUUCCGCCCGGCUUACUUUACUUGAGAGUCGCAGGGUUGGAUGUAGAGUAUCCCCUCAGCCAGAAGGCACUGAACGUAGCCUCAGACACCACAUUUAUCUAUAUAUUAACUCCUGAUUCGGAAACCAUGAGAGACUACGACCAUAUGCCCGUGAGCGAUUUUUGGCGAAGAAUACGAAGAGCCUGGCCGUUCAAAUCGUCGAUAUAGAUGUUCGAGCGUUUGCCGUAGUACA